AUGGUUACAUCGCAUAAGAAAAAAAGAUUUUCACUGUUUAGCUCUCAACCAAGUUCUCCAGUUCAGACACCAAUCCUCGGAUCGUCACUUAAUAGUUAUUUCCCAGGACAACCAAUUCGAAAUGAUAAAACAUUGAGUCUGAAUGAUGUUCAAAAAGCAGUCGAAAAUCUUGAACGUCUGGUUUCAGAUGCCGGAAAUUUUUGUGAUUUGGUUGAUAGACUUGCAAAAGCCUCUAAAACUUUUAGCAAAUCUCUCAAGGAAUAUGGAAAUAGUAAGGGGAUGGAUAAUUCUCAUGUUAUGUGUCUUCAAGCUGCGUCUCAAUUUUAUGAAAAUUAUUCCGAUGCUCAAAACAAGUCGAGUAAACAUCUACAAAAAGAAUUCGAGACAUUACAAAAAUUCUGGGAAAAAUAUUCAAAGAAAGUUGCUAAAGAAGAAAAAGCAUUUGAAAGUGUUAAUGAGCCAUAUAAACAAAUAAAAAAAAUUGAUACUGAUUAUGAAAAGAAAUCAAAGAAAGAUAAUAAAGCAAUUUCAGAAGCUCAAGAGAAAUAUAUUACCUAUAAAAAUCAUGUUGCAAAGCGAGAAAAACAAGCUCAUGGCCUAGUCAUGCAGAUAAUUUGUCGGAUAACAGAUGGUCAAUUCACCUUGUUUAAUGAGUCAUUAAAAAAAUGUGGAGGAAUUGUUACAAAGAUAAAUGAAUGGUCUGCAUUUGCUACAAUGGGGAUCCCUGCUCCUCAAGAAAUUGAUAAUAUUUUGGAAGAGCAGAUUCGAUCACCAAUCGAAGAUACAUCCGUACUUUCACGCAAGUUAUCGCGAAAAUAUUCACAUCGUAUAUCAAAAUCAAUUGCAUCUAUAUCAGAUAUGCAAUUAGCUGCAAUGAAUUAUACGCCAUCAAAUACUUCGACUCCUUUAAUUGAAGAACCUGAAAAUAAUCUUUCUCAAUCUUUAAAUUCUCUACAAUCAACAGAAAUACAAAUUCCACGCAUUAAUGCUACAAAAUCAGAACACUCAUCUCCUAUAAAUAUUCUUCAUCAUGAACCAAUAAAAAGAAAUAUUGUGAUGAAUGAAAAAACAUCGAGAAAUCGUUUAUCUCUUCCAAUUUGUCCUACAUUUUCUUCUAAUAUUAAACCUUCAGCUCAAGAUUUAAUAUCAAAAAUCUCUAUUGGUAUAGAUGAAAAUGACGCGCCAUUCUUUAGGGAUUAUGGUGAUUAUGAUAUACGUAAUAUUCACCAAAUUGCAAAAACAUCAUCUUUAACAGGAAAUGAAGUUAAAAGGCCGAAUGAUCAAAUCAACGAGUUGCUCUCUGUAGAUAAUUUUAAUGCCCAUACAAAUUUAAGUAUUGAUACAGAAAUUGGAGAUCCUGAAAUUAUUUCUGGUGCACAAUGUGAUGACACACUUGACAAUGAAGAAAAUGAAAACUCAAGUAACAAAAAAGUUAACAAAAAAUAUAGUUUUGAAACCCAAUAUUUAGUUCAUUCAUUUCCGAUUAAUCUUCCUGUCCGCACACCACCUUAUUCGCCUUCA